AUGUCGAGCCCAGCCAACUUCACGGCGCUGCUCAACGACCUCAAUCGCGAUGUCGCCCGCGCGCGUCCCAAUGACCCCGUCCAGUUUUGCGCAAAUUGGUUCAACGCCAAACUCGAAGAGCAACGCCGUCAACACAUCACAUCCAACCCCAACCUCCUCGCGGCUGCUUCCGCUCCUAGCGCCUCGCUAGGUCCGAGCGAUGUCGGCUUCGGCGGCGUGGCUCCUGGUGCAGCUUCUCCCACACAACGCGGCUCCAUCUUUGGCUCGGAUCCUUUCGCAUCCGCUCAACCCUCCUCGUCCUUUCCUCCCACUGCUUCAGCGCCAGUACCCAUGGAUGCAUCGCCAGACACGGCAUCAGCACCCGCGCCACCCACCAGCUUCCCACCCACUUCGGCUUCCAAUGCAUCCCUUCUUCCACCCGCAUUCAACCUCGGCAGGCGAACUUCCGUCUCGGCAGAGAGCAUGGCUCCUUCCGCAGUCAACGCACAGUCGGAUGGAUCGCCGCUCCCCAAGACUGUCAUCCCCAAAUCCGAAGAGCAGAUGCAGAGGAUCCGCGGCUCCAUCGGCAACAAUCUCCUCUUCCGCAACCUCGAGCAGGACCAGUACAGGGACGUGCUGCUCGCCAUGAAGGAGGUCCAGGUGGAGGCGAAUGUCACCGUCAUCGAGCAAGGCGCACAGGGCGACUACUUUUACGUCGUCGAGUCCGGUACGCUCGACGUCUACGUCCGCUCCCCACCUCGCAACGGCGAAACCGCGCCUGCGUCUGGCUUGGGCGACAAGAAGGUCUCGUACGGUCCCGGCUCGUCGUUCGGUGAGCUUGCGCUGCUCUACGCUCAACCCCGUGCUGCCACUGUGCUUUCCACCUCGCCAUGCACAUUGUGGGCGCUCGACCGAAUCACUUUCCGUUCGAUUCUCAUGGAGACCAACUCGCGCCGCCGUGCCCUCUACGAAAAGUUUCUCAUGGAUGUUCCCCUCUUUGAGCGUCUCUCGGCAGCCGAGCGCGCCAAGAUCUCGGACAGUCUCGAGUUGCGAGAGUAUGCGCCCGGCGAGGCGGUCAUCACUCAAGGCGAGCGUGGCGUCGAGUUCUUCAUUAUCGUCGAAGGCGAUGCAGAGGUGCGCAAGACCAAGGAGGGUGGCAACCAGGAGGUCGUCGGCAAGCUUUCUAGGGGAGACUACUUUGGUGAGCUCGCUCUGCUCAACCAAGCUCCUCGUGCGGCCACCGUCGCUGCUGCCUCGGCGGGCAACAAGCUGCGCGUGGUCACCAUGAGCGAGAGGGCUUUCACCAGGCUCUUGGGUCCCCUGGCGGGUAUUCUGGAGCGUCACGCAAAGGAGAGGUACGGCGACGAGUACUCGCUCGGUGCCGCUAAUGCUAAUGCUGCUACCAGUGUCAACAACGCGGCUCUUGCCGGCGCAGGUGGUGCGGAUGUUGGCACCUCGUUCCCGCAUCCCAUGGACUCGAGCGCUAAGCCGGGUGAGGGCGCUUGGUCCGCUCCCAACCCGUUUGCUGCUGCGUAG